AUGUCAAAAGAGGCUACAACUAUAUCAAUUUCAAAUAAAACAACAGCAAAGACUAGAUAUUCCAUAUCAGCAACAACUACAACUCGAACAACAACAACGACUACAACUAAAGCAACAUCAAAAUCUACAACAACAACAACUAGAUCAGGAACAACAUCAAAUAAGACAACGACAACUACAACAUCAAAGACAACAACAACAACAACUAUUUCACCAAGUAGAACAACAACAUCUACAAGAACUUGA